AUGAAGACUUUCAUCCUCGUCGCCGCCGGCGCCGCUCUCGCGACUGCCCAGAUGACGCUCAACGACAUUCCAGAAUGUGGUCGCAACUGUGUCAAUGCCAUGAUCGGCAAAUCUCAGACACUCGGUUGCCAGGCCGCCGACGCGUCUUGCCUCUGCGGUAACGCCAACUUCGGAUACGGUCUUCGCGACUGCUCCAACGAGGCUUGUGGAAGCACAAUUGGCCAACAGGUCGUUUCGUACGGUGUCCAGUACUGCCAGCAGGCUCUCGGUUCCGCAUCAAAUGCACAAAGCGCAGGUGCUUCGUCGGUCCUCGCUGGAGCUGCUGGUGCCUCGGGAGCUGAUGCAUCUGGCAGCGGCACGGCUGCUGCCACUCAGACCGAGGGUGGCGACAACGACGCCUCGCAGACUGGCUCGGCCAUCACCACUUCUGCUCUGACCGCUCUCGUCUCUCAAUCUGACACCACUUUCACCACCACCACCGGCUCGACCACCAUCUACGAGGGCCAGGAGACUGGUGGCGCUGGAGGUAUCGGUGGCGCUAUUAGCUCUGCCACUGAUUCCGCAGCUUCUGCCGCCUCUUCUGCCGAGUCCUCCGCAUCUGAUGCUGCUGGAUCCGCCAUGACCAGCGCAUCUGAUGCUGCCGACUCUGCCAUGUCCAGUGCAUCCGAAGCUGCCAACUCCGCCAGCGAUGCUGCCGCCUCCGCAACCGACUCCUCGAGCGCUGCUGGUGCCAUGAUCACCGCUGCCCCAAUGCUCGCCAUGGGUGCUCUUGCAGCUCUUGCCGCCAUGUAA